AUGGAUUUCAGCCACAACAAGUUAUCAGGGCCAAUCACACCUGAGAUCAGUCAAUGCAAGCUGCUGACGUUCGUGGAUCUGAGUCGAAACCAACUCUCCGGUGAAAUUCCGAAUGAGAUUACAGCGAUCAGGAUCUUGAACUAA